UUCCGCCUGGGUAUUGGUCUAGGAGAUUGUUUACACAAAAUAGUUGCCAAGCACACUGAGUCGCGGUUGUGAGGCAUUUUCUAUACGCCUCGUCGGCGGUUACUGCGAUCGGCGUUUCUGCUGGUUGCGUAUCAGGACCGUGGUUCUCGGUCAGGUUUGCUAGUUUACCGGAAUACACACUGGUUAGGUCAGAAAUACGGAGUCGUAGUUUUACAUUUUUGGUAGCCUUCAGCAAGGCGUUCAACAGUCGCUUAUUACAUUUUUUGUUGCGUGCUACACAACGACUAUUUUUCUCCACAAGCUCCGGAAAAAUGGGCUGUUGCGCUUCCAAGCCCGCGACAGACGACGGUCCCCCCUCCGCUGCGCCUAAAGCGGAAGCCGCUGCUCCGCCGUCAACCACCGCUGGAGCAACCAAUGCUAGCGCCGGUUCUACCGCAGCCGACUCCGCACCUGCAGCGACCGCUAAGUCCGCGUCUGGCGGAUCUAAAAAAGCCGGCAACCUGACGGCGAACGUGCUCGGCCGGCCGGCGGAGGACGUUAAGAACCACUUCACGAUCGGGCGCGAGCUGGGGCGAGGCCAGUUCGGCGUGACGUAUCUCUGCACCGACAAGAGCACGGGCGAGCAGUACGCGUGCAAGUCCAUCGCCAAGCGCAAGCUGGUUACCGCGGAGGACGUGGAGGAUGUCAAGCGAGAGGUCGCCAUCAUGCACCACCUGGUCGACCACCCGAACGUCGUUAAAAUGAAGGGUGCUUAUGAGGAUAAGCACUCGGUGCAUAUUGUGAUGGAGCUGUGCGCGGGCGGCGAGCUGUUCGACCGCAUCAUCGCGCGCGGGCAUUACAGCGAGCGCGCUGCGGCGACGCUGAUCCGCACGGUGGUGUCGGUUGUGGAGUACUGCCACGCCAAUGGCGUCAUGCACCGCGAUCUCAAGCCCGAGAACUUCCUGCUUGCUAGCAAGAAGGAGGACGCGCCUCUCAAGGCCACCGACUUCGGCCUUUCGAUCUUCUACAAGCCGGGCGAAACAUUUUCCGACAUCGUGGGCAGCGCGUACUACGUGGCGCCCGAGGUGCUUCGGCGAAAGUACGGGCCGGAGGCGGACGUGUGGAGCUGCGGCGUCAUCCUCUACAUCCUGCUCUGCGGCGUGCCUCCGUUCUGGGCAGAGAGCGAGCAGGGCAUCUUCGACGCCGUGCUCAAGGGGCACAUCGACUUCUCGUCCGACCCAUGGCCGCUCAUCUCGUCGAGCGCCAAGGACCUCAUCAAGCGCAUGCUCAAGCAGGACGCCAAGGACCGCAUGUCCGCGCGCGAAGUGCUCCAGCACCCGUGGGUGAAGGUGGACGGAGAGGCGUCGGACGUGCCUCUGGACUCAGCGGUGCUGACGAAGCUCAAGCAGUUCUCGGCUAUGAACAAGAUGAAGCGCCUUGCGCUCAAGGUCAUUGCGAGCCACAUGUCCGAAGAGGAGAUCAUGGGGCUCAAAGAGAUGUUCAAGAGCAUCGAUGAGGAUGGCAGCGGGUCGAUCACAUUCGACGAGCUCAAGGAGGGGCUCAAGAAGAUGGGUUCCAACAUGCCUGAGGACCAAGUGCGGCAGCUCAUGGAGGCGGCUGACGUGGACAACAGCGGCACGAUCGACUACCAGGAGUUCAUCACGGCGACCAUCCACAUGAACAAGGUGGAGAAGGAGGAGAACCUCUUCCAGGCCUUUCAACACUUCGACGCCGACGGCAGCGGGUACAUCACGGUGGAGGAGCUGCGCGAGGCCCUGAGCAAGGAGGAGGCACUGCUGCCAGGCGAGAUUGAUGCUAUCCUGCAGGAGGUGGACUCGGACAAUGAUGGCCGCAUUGACUAUAACGAGUUCUGUACCAUGAUGAAGAAGGGCAAUCCCACCCCUGCUGAAGAUAACCGUCGCAAGCGCUAACUCUGUCCUUGUUUUGAUGGCAAUGGGAAUUGUUUAGAAAAAUUUUAGAUGUUUGAGGUGCUUUUAGGAUACACUUUCUAGGCUUCUCUUAACUAUUUUGAGUAUUAGCCGUAGGGUGGGAUCCACCAAAGCUUCAUGGUGGGCAAGACUAAUAUUCUCACCAUUGCUUCCUAGGUUUUGAAUACUGGUAUGGUAUAUUGGCAGGAAUACUUAAAGCUCGCGGCCCAAAUUGUUC